AUGGCGGAUCUUCAGCGGGAGGUGACGCGGGAGGUGUCGCGCGCCGUGCGCGAGGAGAGGGCGGCGCAGAGCCAGAGCAGUUCGCUGCGGGCUGCGUUGGCGCAUGUGGCUCCUCGUCCGAUUGUGCCUCCUGUUGUCCCUCCGCCGGCUGCUGCACCUCCCCCUCUUGUUCCUGCCCCGUCCGCUCCUUCUCCUUCUGUAGCGGCGCCGGCUCCCGGCUCCCGCCUGCAUCUGCCGCCGGUUCCGCCUGUUGCGGGGGUGGAGAUUGUGGCCGCGAGUGGUGGCGCGGCGGCGGCUCAGUAUGCAGCUGAUGAGCCGCUCCAGUUCCUGGCGGAGGCACUCCAGCCUCCGCAGACUCGUGUUCCUCAGGCGACUCUCGGGCAGCUUCACCGCCUGGCGGAGAGUCUUCACGCACUGCUGCUAAUCCAGGUUCUUGCUCACACGUCCCUCCCCGUGGUUCCUCCUGAGACGUUCCGCGACCGUCCGCGCGAGACCUGCUUGGAUGCGGCGGACCAGCUCGCCGUGCUGCUGGCGCCCGUGCUGGCUGCGCCCGCGGAGGGUGGCGCUGCUGCUGCGGGACAGCUGGACGAGGCUGUCCGGAGCUUGAAGCGGCAUUUGCGCGCUGGAUCUGGAGCCGCGGCGAUCGGCGCAAGCACGCUUGUGGUCCGGGAGCUUUGGCGCUCCCUGACGGGUAUCCUUCAUGCCCUUGGAGCUCACCGCAUGUAG